AUGACUCAGUUACCUUUACCACCAAAAGUUUCCCCUCAAAAUGUAGUAGAUGCUCAAGUAUUAUAUGAACGUAUAAAAACGAUCGCUUUAUGGUUAGAUUCAAUCCCUAUAUAUGGAUACCAAUUGCCAAUUGGCUUGGAAGCAAUCCUUGGUUUUCUACCAGCCUUUGGUGAUUUUAUUGGAUUGGCGUUGGGAAUGUAUCAAGUUUAUUUGACAAGUUUCUUUGAUAUUCCAGUAAAUCUUUUGAUGAGAAUGAUUAUGCAUGUUUUACUUGAUUUUAUUUUCGGAAUUUUACCCGUCGUUGGUGAUCUACUUGAUAUCUUUUAUAAAUCGAAUAUUUAUAAUUUGAAUCUUCUCGAAUCUUGGUUAAGUGAAAAAUACGGAAAUCGUAUAAAAUUACAGAAUAAUGAUCGUGGAAAUAAAUAUCAACAUGCUCGUAAUUAUUAA